AUGUUUCCCGAGAAACUCCUCAUUGCCGUCAUGUCCGACGACUUCCUGUCCCGCGUCCGCCAGGCUUUAGCGACCGACAUUCUCGCACUCGAGAUCGCUGAAGACCCUUCCCGCUUCCCCAAGUUCACCACAAAGGAUGAUCUCCUUUACUUCAAGUCGGCCUUGUACAUUCCUGACUCGGCCGAUCUCCGUUCUCUUGUCCUCGAGUCCCGCCACGACAGCUAUGCUGCCGGUCACUUUGGCAUCCGCAAGACCAUCGAGUUAGUCCAGCGUGACUACUACUGGCCCAAGAUGCACGAUACGAUCCAGCACUAUCAAACUUCCUCUCACAAGCCCUAUGGCCUCCUCAAGCCUCUCCCCAUUGCCGAGCACCCCUGGAAAUCCAUCUCCAUGGAUUUCAUCACCCAGCUUCCUCCUUCCAACUCCUUUGAUGCAAUCUGCGUCGUCGUCGACCGCCUGACCAAGAUGGCCCACUUCAUGCCCUGUACCACGAGAAUCAACGCUCUUGGCACCGCCGAUCUCCUGAUCCGCCGCGUCUUCCUUUACCACGGUCUCCCUGACGAUAUUGUGAGUGAUCGUGGCAGUGUUUUUGUUUCUCACCUCUGGAAUCAUCUCUUCACAAGCCUCAACACCAAGAUCAACCUGUCCACGGCCUACCAUCCCCAGUCCGACGGCCAGACCGAGGCUAUCAACCGCAUCCUCGAGCAGUACCUUCGCUGCUUCAUCUCUGCUGGCCAGGACAACUGGUCCGAUCUCCUUCAUCUCGCCGAGUUUGCCUACAACUCUUCUGUCCAGUCUUCUACCG